GUUUAACUCUGUCUGUCUGUCUCUCAGUGCUUUCUGUCCAGCAGAAGCAGCAGUUAGACGGAGUCGUGUACUCGUCUCGUUUUGCCGUCGCUCUCUUCUUCCCUCCUGACGUGGUCUUCAGUUUUCCCUGGGCGGCUCGAUACGUCACUGACAACCCCUGCAUCCGCUACAUCGCUGAAGACUCCCGCAAACGCAACGCAGACGAUCGCGGUCGCGGCCCGUCCCUCGUCGUCCACACCAGCGUCUCGUUCGGCCUUGAGCACCUGGAGAAAGACAAGGAGGACAUCCAGCCAAUCAUCUUACAGGAGCUCCACAAGCUGCUUCCUGGUCUGCCUCAGCCAAUCAGCAUCAAGUGUCAGAAGUGGAGGUACUCCCAGGUGCUGACCUCUGUGCCGGACUGUCCGGGUCAGAUGACCGUCCUUGAGCGCCCGCUGCUCAUCUGCGGUGGAGACAGCUUCAGCCACUCCAACUUUGACGGCUGCGUGGAGUCUGCACUGAGCAUGCUCAGUAUGCUGAAGGCCUUCCUGUGACGCCGCCGACUUCGACAGGAAGUGACUGUGGACCUGACCUUUACACCGAUCAAUAAUUAAUACAAGUUAACAGUUUAUGAAGCGAUCGAUUACAAAGAAGUGUUUCAGACUUUUUAAAUGACACAUUUCUGACGUUUUCAAGUUUAGGACGGACGUGAUGCGUCUUUAAACUGGACACUAGAGGGUUAACUUGAACCUGGUUCAACCGAGGCCUUCCUGAAAUCUACCUGAUUUACCUGAGAGCCUAAGCCCCUCCCCUCCCUUUCCUUGAACUGAGUCCUGAAUUUCACGUUUGUCAGUUUAAAAUUAAUUUCACAGUAAAGUCAAAUUUAGUUUUGUGUGAAAACCGCUCAGUGAACUACAUCUCUCGUCUCGCGCAAUAUAUGUCCACCAUGUUAGUGCUGUAAUGCUAAGCUAAUGUUAAUUUUAUGCUUGCUACUAGCUCGUAGCUAACUUUCUAAAGCUAACGUCACUGAAGCUAACUUCCUAGACGUUAGCUUUAGAACAUUAGCUUCAGUGACAUUAGCAAAAGGAAGCUAGCUUCAGUGACAUUAGCUAUAGGAAGCUAGCUUCAGUGAUUUUAGCUAUAGAAAGCUAGCUUCAGUGACAUUAUCUGACCUAUAGCUAAGAUAACGUCACUGAAGCUAACAGGUGACGUCAGCUUCAGUGACGCUAGCUUCAGUGACGUUAGCUAUAGUUCAGAUAACGUCACUGAAGCUAACAGGUGACGUCAGCUUCAGUGACGCUAGCUUCAGUGACAUUAGCUAUAGUUCAGAUAACGUCACUGAAGCUAAACAGGUGACGUUAGCUUCAGUGACGUCAGCUCAGUGACGUAGCUUC